GUGUGGUCCCUUCCAGUCUCCCAAUUGAGCUACCUGAUGUACUGUUGUGAGCUCUUGAAAUUUGUCGACGAUCUGAAAGCAAUACCAGAUCGCAUUGCUUUUCUGGUCCUGACCCGGGGCGUUAUGGGGCGACACACCGGCGAGAUGAUGCCUGCGCAGUACACAGGAGUGCUCGGAACCACUGUCUGGGCGAUCUGCCGAACUAUUCGCUUAGAAUCUCCGAAGCUCCUGGUGGCCACUGUGGAUGUCCCGAACAGCGCCACUGUUCACGAGAUGACGGACUGCAUCCGAGCCGCACAACUCGAUUCGGGCCCACGCAAUGAAGUCUCUUUCAUUAUCGAUCGGAACAACCAGCUAGGAAAGAGGCCUUACUAG